GAGCGAAUAAUGUAUAUUGUAACAUGUUAAUGUACCAUUCAUUCAAAUGACAUCUUAAAACGAACUCAACUUAAGCAGUCGUAGUACUUAUCAAGCAUAAUGUGCCAUUGGCAAGUUGAAGUUGCUGACACGUCUCAUGUCAAUUUUUUAGGGAGCAAUUACGUGCAUAUAUGAUAAGAUUAUUUAUUUGGUAAUGCUUUACAGGUGGAUAUGAGGGGUUACCUGAAAACAACGGGGUGGGUAUUUAAACUCCAGGCCGAAACCACUACAGUGGGAACACAUAGGGAUUGCGAUUUAUGUUUACAGAAUGGAGGAGUUGAGGAGCAUCACGCCCUGAUCGAAUGGAGCAAAUCAGUGCCAUGCUUUGUGCUGAGUGACCUGAACUCUGCCCAUGGUACAUAUGUCAACAACUGUCGUAUCCACAAUGCAGCCGUGCGUCUAACCCCAGGCGAUGAACUGCACUUUGGCUAUGGAGGCUCCACCUACCAGCUAGCUGUGGAAAGCCCAUCUAUGCUCCCCUGCCCUCCCAAGAGCAUCUGGACAGCCAGUCAGAACUCUCUGCAGCUGAUAGAAGAGCCCCCCCUUGCCCAGUCUCCCUCCUCCCCCACCUCCCAGCUCCCUCUCCUACCUGGCAAUACUUCUGCCCCUGUUGCGUGGGUAUGGGGACAAUCAUCUGUCACCCCUCAUCCCCCUAGCCGGGCUCGACCAGCCAGUGCUGGGACCAAACGGACUGGGCAGAGCAUCCCCUCCGAACAACAAGGGACAACCUCACGAAGUUGGACUGGACACACAGGAAGCGGGGCCCCUCAGAGAACCGAAGCAAUAGCAUCUGAAAGUUCUCAGACCAUGCAGCACCUCUUACAGGAGAAGGAGGAGAGGCUGCUGCGGAUAGGAGACGAGAUCAGCAGGCUGGCUGUGUUUGAGAGUGAGUCCCAGAGGAAGGACAGGGUGAUUGCAGGGCUGAGGGAUGAGGUGUCAGCUCUGAGACACCAGCUGACCCAGAGCCAGCAGACCGACCAGGAGAUCAAACACAGGCUGCUCAGUCUGGAGAGGGACAUCAAUGACAAGAGGGAGCAGAUCCAAAGGAUGAAGGAGCAGAUGGUAGAGCUGCAGAGGGGCUCCAGUGAGGUGUUUAGGCAUUCUGUCACCGAGCGAGACCUAAAGAUUUCCAACCUAAGAGGUCAGAUGGAGAGACUGAAGAGGGAAAGCAGCACUGCCUCAGGUCUGGUAAGAAGCUUACAGAGAGACCUGAGUUCGAGGGAGAAGCAGGCUCUGAAACUGGCAUCUGAGGUGGACAGACUCCGGCAGGACAUCCGACACAAGGACAUCCAACUGGGGGCUACUGCCACCAAGUUCUCCAAAAUGAGCAAGAAGCACCAGGAGGAGUUACUCAACCAUGAAAAUGAGUUGAUGACACUGAAGAAGAGCGUUGAGAGGCUGGAGGUUGCUUUGAGGGAUAAGCAGAGGCUCCUGGAGCUCCAAACAACAGAGAGGGACUUGCUAAAAAACAGACUGGAGAAGAAGAUUGGGGAGCAAGCUUCUAUGUUCGCGGAGUCUGAGGCAGAGAGGCACACACAACAAAAGAAGAGCAAAGCUGAGCUGGAUCUGGUGCAGGCACAGAUUGAGCACCUUCGUGACCAGCUGCUGAUGAUGUUACCCACUGAACCCUCUGACUCCACUUCCCAUGAUGCCUUGUCAGACCAGCAGGUAUUAGAGCAGGUGGCAGAGCUGCUAGGAGAGAGAGAGAGCCUGAUGAGUAAAUUAGAGGAGCUGGAAGGACAACUGAAGGAGCUCAUGACUGAACAGGAGGGGGCAGCAGAGGACACAGAGAGACUGAAGAGUAGGCUGGAGACCUGUCAGGAGGCAUGCUCGGCAAAUGCACUGGAAAAGGCCAUGACCUCACUACAGGAGGAGAGUGUGUCUCCAGCUCUGGCCUGGGUCAAGGCUUCAGUCCUCUCCAUAAUGGCUACCCAGCUCCCACUGCUUCAGAGUGCCACCCAGGCACUACUGGAAGCUGGGAUAGAUGCUUCACAUCUCACUGAAGGAGUCCUGAGUGGCAUCAGAACCCUGGUCAAUGAGCAUCAGGGUUACACAGUGGAGCUUCAGCGUUUGAAGGUAGACCUGGAGGAGCUCCAGGAGAGAGAAGCAAAGUCCAGAGAGCUGCAGGAGCUUCUGAGCAUUACCAGAGAGGAGCUGGUGCAGCAGAGACAGCAGAUGACUGUGGCACAGCAUGAAGAAGAGGCCAGGAAGAAGGAGUUGGAGGAGCUAAAGGAGGAGUUGGAGGCACUCAGACAAGCCCAGACUAAACUGCAGCAGGAGGCACAGACCCAGGAGGCCGAGUGGUGCACCAGGCUGGAGGAGGCAGGCAGGAGGGAGGAGGAGUGGCAGGAUAAGGUGAAGGAGGAGGAGAAGGAGCGCUACAGGGUCUGGGAGGCCGAGUACAGGGAGCAGGUGCGGCAGCAACACACCAUCGUGGCCCUGGAGCAGCGCUGUGUCCAGAGCAGACAGAGAGCCCAGGAGCUGGAGGAGGAGAGGGAAGCGCUGAUUGGACAGCUGAGAGCGUUGGAGGGGAAUCUGGAGAGUAGUAGGCCUGUGAUGAGUACCAGUCCCCUGGAGACACAGACUAAACAGGCCUCAGAGGUAGCAGCCCUGGAGGGUAAUAUCACUUCACUCAGGGCAGACUUGGCCCAGUCUCAGCUGGAAACAUGUAGCCAGGGUGACCUCAUCGUGGCUUUGAGUCGUGACUUGGCUGCAGCCAAUGCCAGGAUAACAGACAUGACAGGGGAGCUCAGUGAGCAGCAGAAACUACAGUUGGAGCAGCUUAAGGCUCUGGUCGUCGAUCAGAGGGUCCAACUGAGCACUCUCACUCAGAAGCUAAUGCUGAUGUCACAACUCGUGGAGCAGAAAGGGGAGGAGCUUGAGAAAGUGAGGGAUGAAUUGAGGAUUUGUCAGGUGGACCUGGAGAAGAGUCUCAGGGCAGAGAGAGAGAUGAAGGAACAGAGGACAAACCCUGAGCAGACCCAGCCUGUCCACUACUCUGUUGUCUCCUGCAUACCACCACACACAAAGAGUGCCUGGCCACUCCAUGGAGCAUUGGGGGAGGAGACCCUGGAGCGCACAGCCAGACUGGACCUAUCAGACGCCCUGGACCUCAGCGAGAGGACAUACCUGGAUCUGGCACGGGCGCUGUGCGAGGCUCUGGAGUUGAGCGAGGGCCAGCUGCAGGGGUGUGUGUCCCUGCAGCACCUGCCCCAGGAGGAGAGGGCCAGUCUGGCUUCUUUGCGUCACGCAGACCUGGAGCUGCUCCGGAGCUGCAUGGCCCUACAGCACAGCCAGGCCCAGCGAAGUGAAACCCUACUGCAGCAGCAGCAUAGAGAAAUGACUACUCUCAGGGAGAGCCAGGCGGCGGGCCAGCAACUCCAGUCCAGGCUGGAUAUGCUGAGGACCGAGCUGGAGACGGAGAGCCAAGAGAGCUGCCUGCUCCGCGAGGCCUUGCGCCACACCCAGAGUCGUCUGGAACAUGAGAUAGACCUAAACACCAGGGCCGUAAAGAGCCGUAAGGCAGUGAGUGUGGAGAAAGUCCAGAGGAGGAGUGGGAAGACAGCCUCUCACAGCUGUGUCCUCACUGAGGCCGGCGACAAGGCGACAGCGAAGACAUCCAGCCUGCUGGAGAGGCUGAAGAAGAGAGAGUACGAGAUGGAGACCCUGAAGAGGCAGCUGGGGAAGAAGGAGUUUGGCAAGAUGGCCUCCAAGCUGGAGCUGGCCAUUGUACAGCAGCAGCCUCAACAGGCCCCACCACUGACAGAGCCCUCCUAAUGUACUGUAAUCCUGCCCUACACUGGAGUGACUGGACACCAGGGGCAAGGAGACCGGCUCAAGGGUCCUUUUGACUUGAACAGCGGAGGACACUCAUUACUACGAGACUAGUGAACACUGCUAGUGUGCGUCACACCAUAGAAUUAGAAAUAUAGCACAGCAGGUCUACUAGAACUCACCGUCCCAUUCAAGUCAGCGUCAGUCUAUUUCAUUGCUUCACGCGUACUGUACCGCUGCUUCUGGCCAUGAGGACGUUUCUGCUGGUGGCUGUAUACUCCCACACAUCAGAGCCAUUCGUUCUAUAUACUGUAUAGCUUUGCACCACAUCGUAAUGAGUGAAUGCCCCUAUAGAGAUGAUGGAAUAGUCAAUGCAUGAGCAUGUGGGUGCUAAUGAUGUGUGUUUCAAAGGCAGCUUUUCUCAGCUUCCCUCUGAGCUUUGAAUGUAAAAAGUCUGUCGGGCUAUCUGCCACAGCUAUAUUAUUUUAGCCGGAACACUUCACCGCUCUUGUUCAUCCAUUCACCACGGAAAAUGAGGCCGUCUUUAUGCACGACAAUACAAAUGCGUUCUUCUGCAGACAUUUCUGCCGAUACAGUAUAAUAUUUUGGUUGACACGUCAUUGCGAUAUCUCAGCAAUAAAAAAAAAUGGCCAAGGCGUCCAUUUGAGCGGCUAUUUCGGGAGUGUGAGUGCUAAUGACAGGAAUAUGCCCCUGAACCGCAGAUACAAAGAAAAAAGGAGUCUGUUAUUCCUCCUAUCUGCAGUAGACCUCCUCCCCCACACCCGCCCUCCUCGCCAUGCCUCGAGGAUGUUGUCGUCCGUUAUCGCAGUGGGCAGAGAGAAAAGCUGAUUCAUUUAUUCAUCAUCAGAGCCUUUUCUUGCUCACAGCAGCACACACCGUCACAGUCACGUGAGCAUAGGAUGAGAGAGAGUGGUUUGUGUGUAUAGGUGCGUAUGUGUAUGUGGGAAGGUGUGAAAGGGUCAAGCGUGAGCGAGCAUGCGCAUCAGUGUGUUGUUUUGAGUGCGUGUUUGUGACGUGUGGCAGUGUUCAUGACGUGUGUGAGUGAGUAGGCCUAUGUGUGAGUCUCUCUCGGUUUGUGCAUGUGAUUGUGUAUGUGUGCAUGUGCAAAAUCUAUUAUUCAGGAUAUUAAUCCUCCAUUGUUCUACAUAAAGCAGAUGCCACAGAUAAUAGAGCCAGUACAUGGUUUGGUUUCUCUCUCUAUUAAGACUGUAAAAACACCAGCAAAUCAGCUCAAAGUCAUUUUAAUUUUGGAAAUCUGUUCCAAAGUAAUCUCACGCAUAAUGGAGAAAUAUAUGUGAUCGUAUACAAAUAUAGGUUUGAAAUGAUUAUAUGCUUUUGUGAAAUAUGAUAUCUGUUUGGGGGUUUUUGCGAUCAAUUUGCAGUCUACAAAUUAUUUCUAUUAUUAUUUCAAAUUAUUAUGUUCCGGGCCUCUGACCGUCUGCUCGAGAAAAUAUUGUCCCGCAGCUGAAUCUAGUUGAUGAUCCCUGUCGUAAGAGAUAAUGAGGGCUACUCCUAAAAAAGCUUCUUGUCUUCCUCGCUCACUGACCCAGAUUUGGUAUUUUAGUGCAUACAAGCAGAUGGUACAAUUUUUUUUGAUGGUACAAUGUUUCUUUGUUGCCUCCAGGCAAAAGGCUGCAUCAGUCUGUCAUCAUUGCUCCUCUCUGAUGUUUGCUAUGGUCUACCUACCUCUAUGGCCAUGUGCAUCAGUAUAACUUCACCCCAAUGCAUUACUACUUGUUUCGGUGUCUUUCAGACAUGUUUGUCACUCUAUGCACUUUUGUUUUUAUUGUCUGGACCAUCACAGACAAACCACUGAUUCAUCUCCAGACGCCAUUAUAGUUUGUCUGCUUUCAUUAAUCAGGAUCAAUUAUGUCUGUUUUUAACAUGAGCAUGUCACUCACUGGCAUUGGUAUGCCUUUGAUUUCAGCUGGCACACAGCGCUGUGUUGAGUUGUUGCUAAUUAUAUGUGUUGACCUCAGCAAUUACUGCUCCUCCUCAGUCAGCCCCUUCUGAGUGGACACAACCAGCUAAUUGGCACUGUGCAUAUUCCAGCGUGUUCCUUAAAGGCACAAUCUGGGAUAUUUCCUGUUGUUCAAUGGUAAAAUCAAUUCAUGAUCUUGUUCUUGAGGAAUAUAACUUAAACAUUUUAUGGCCUGUUUAGUCCUUACAUUCGUAACUGCGCCGAUGAAGUUGGCAGUGGUUGCAUUUCUCCAGCUCCCAUCCCUCAGCUCAGUCACAAUGCUACUGUUUGGGCUGAAACUUAACACCAGAUUUUGGCUUUCAUCUUUUUAUAAUCAGCAGAGUGCCCCUGGUUUGCACCAUUGCCUUCGCAAACAGCUAGCUCAGCUCAUCUUCCAUUAGCAAUGCUGAGUCAAGCUUGACCUCUCCUCACUGGUCAUUUACUUAAAGACUAUUCUGUUUUGUUUUAUUAUAAUGUAGGCUAUCUGUGUUGAGAUUCAUUCACACAGAGUUUGUAAAAGCAUUGAGGUUCAGUUGACCUACAUCUGACAGUAUAAAUAAGUAUAAAGUAUACAUAUGACAGUAUUUUCUGAUAAGCAGCCACUUCAACAAUAUAUUAUUACACCGAACAAAAAUAUACAUGCAACAUGUAAAGUGUUGGUCCCAUGUUUCAUGAGCUGAAAUAAAAUGUAUUUGUUUACAUCCCUGUUAGUGACAAUUUCCCCUUUGCCAAGAUAAUCCAUCCACCUGACAGGUAUGGCAUAUCAAGAAGCUGCCACAGAUUCCGCAAGUUUUGAGGGAGCGUGCAAUUGUCAUGUUGACUGCAGGAAUGUCCAUCAGAGCUGUUGCCAGAGAAUUGAAUGUUAAUUUCUCUACCAUAAGCCGCAUCCAACAUCAUUUUAGAGAAUUUGGCAGUACGUCCCGCCAGCCUCGCAACCACGGACCACGUGUGACCACUCUAGCCCAGGACCUCCACAUCUGGCUUCUUCACCUUUGGGAUUGUCUGAGACCAGCCACCCGGACAGCUAAUGAAACUGGAUUUGCACAACCAAAGAAUUUCUGCACAAACUGUCAGAAACUGUCUCAGGGAAGCUCACCUGUGUGCUCAUUGUCCUCACCAGGGACAGCAGUUUGGCGUCGUAACUGACUUCAGUGGGAAAAUGCUCACCUUCGAUGGCCACUGGCACGCUAGAAAAGUGUGCUCUUCACGGAUGAAUCGCAGUUUCAACUGUACUGGGCAGAUGGCAGACAGCGUGUCGUGUGGGCGAGCGAUUUGCUGAUGUCAACGAUGUGAACAGAGAGCCCCAUGGUGGCGGUGGGGUUAUGGUAUGGGCAGGCAUAAACUACGGGCAACGAACACAAUUGCAUUUUAGCGAUGGCGAUAUGAAUGCACAGAGAUACCGUGACGAGAUCCUGAGGCCUAUUGUCGUGCCAUUCGUCCGAUGCCAUCACCACAUGUUUUAGCAUGAUAAUGCAUGGCCCCAUGUCGCAAGAAUCGGUAUCAGAAUUCCUGGAAGCUGAAAAUGUCCCAGUUCUUCCAUGACUUGCAUACUCACCAGACAUGUCAACCAUUGCGCGUGUAUGAAGGCAUGUUCCAGUUAACGCCAAUAUCCAGCAACUUCGCACAGCAUUGAAGACAAGUGGGGAAACAUUCCAAAGGCCAAAAUCAACAGCCAGAUCAACUCUAUGCUAAGGGGACAUCUGCUGCUUGAGGCAAAUGGUGAUCACCCCAGAUACUGACUGGUUUUCUGAUCCACGCCCCUAUCUUUAAAAAAAAAAGUAUCUAUGACCAACAGAUGCAUAUUUGUAUUCCGUCAUGUGAAAUCCAUAAAUUAGAGCCUAAUUUAUUUAUUUCAAUUGACUGAUUUCCUUAUAUGAACUGUAACUCAGUAAGACCUUUGAAAUGAUUUAAUGUUGCAUUUAUAUAUUUGUUCAGUGUAAAAAGGUACAACAUUUAACCCCUCCCAUCACAAAAAGGUUCCGGUUUGAACAUUUACACAGGUAUUCCUCAAAUAACCUUUUUGAAUCGGAAAGGUUGCCUCUGUGUGGCAAUUUUUAGAACCCCAAAAUGUUCUUCCAGGCUUCUUUACUUCUAAGAGUGUAAUGUACUCUGCAGAAAAGAAUCUCCUACAUUCAUUUGUUUCAACAUGUUGCUCCUCUGUGCCUUGAUAUUAUUGAUUUUGGGGAGUGCCAGUGCAGUGUUGUUGGACAUAAGGAAUGGAAAAGACGAAAGAUAUAGGAACAUGCACAGCCUGUUGUGUUCAUUAAUCACUGUGUCUAGUUUUUACUUUACUGUUUGAAAUAAAAUAAUGUUUGUUAUUGCACUGGGUCAUGGAGAAUACAGUAUGCAUACUAGAUUUGCUUGUGGUACUUGGAUCCAUUUUUUAAUUCAGUUGAUUUAUGAUUAUCGUUUUUCCAUUUAGUAUCACUAUUAUUAUUGCAAUGUAUUGAUAGUAUUCAUCCCUGUUUGCUUAAUCAGUACUUAUACUUGUUUGUUCAUCUAUUUGUGGUGCACUUAGAGAUGAUUUAAAUGACAAUCACUGUUAUUUGAUUAAAUAUGUUAUAUAAGCUGUUA